CCGGUUAACGACAGCCGUGCCGAGCGUCCCCUCCGGCGGCCGCCCCCCGGUAAGCGUCUCCGCCGGACUCUUGGUAGUUCAGUUUUCUCCCCGGUUCCCGGCCAGGGUUUUCUGUGGUCGCCCUCUUUACCCCCGCAUCAUGUUCAAGAAAUUUGAUGAAAAAGAAAACGUGUCGAACUGUAUCCAGUUGAAAACUUCCGUUAUUAAGGGCAUUAAGAACCAGUUGAUGGAGCAGUUUCCCGGCAUCGAACCGUGGCUGAACCAAAUCAUGCCAAAGAAGGAUCCGGUCAAAAUAGUGCGAUGCCACGAGCACAUAGAAAUCCUCACGGUGAACGGGGAGCUGCUUUUCUUCAGGCAAAGGGAAGGGCCCUUCUACCCAACGCUGAGGCUGCUGCACAAGUAUCCGUUCAUCCUGCCCCGCCAGCAGGUGGACAAGGGAGCCAUCAAGUUCGUGCUCAGCGGAGCCAACAUUAUGUGCCCAGGCCUGACCUCGCCGGGGGCCCGCCUCUUCCCCGCCGCAGUGGACACGGUGGUGGCGAUCAUGGCGGAGGGAAAGCAGCACGCCCUGUGCGUGGGCGUCAUGAAGAUGUCCGCGGACGAGAUCGAGAAAGUCAACAAAGGAAUCGGCAUCGAGAACAUCCAUUACCUCAAUGACGGGCUGUGGCACAUGAAGACGUACAAGUGAGCCUGGGAGGACGCGCGCCUGGCGCCCCGCGGACCUCGUGCCCAGCCUGUGUCCCAGUGACUCCAGGGAGAUGGCUCCUCAGUGCUUAAGACAUUUAGCGGACACUAGAAAAGGAGAAAGACCAAGUAAAAGUUUUGGAACGAA